AUGUACAUCUGCCUUCAACCUUGCAAAGAAGGCUUCAUGGGUGGUUGUAGGCCUAUCCUAGGAGUUGAUGGCUGCCAUUUGAGAGGACCAUAUCCAGGAAUCUUGCUAACUGCUGUUGGGAAAGAUGGCAACAACAACAUCUUUCCCGUAGCAUGGGCUGUGGUUGAAACUGAAAAUGCAGACACAUGGACUUGGUUCCUUGAGCUACUUGUGAAGGAUAUUGAACCUGUGAAGGAUGCUGUGACAUGGGUGCAUGAAAGAGAGGAAGAAAUGGAUGAUGAUAAUGCUGAUGUUACUUACAUGUCAGAUAGACAGAAGGGGUUGCUUGAAGCUUUCAGGAUUGUUGUUCCAAAUGCAGACACAAGGUACUGCUGCAGAUAUAUAUGGGCAAACUUUAAGUUGAAGUUCCCAAGGGAGGCAUACAGAGAGAGCUUUUGGAAAGCUGCUAGGGCUUCUACCAACCACCAUUUUGAUAAAUACAUGGCUGAUAUUAAGGAUUUAAAUCCAGAGGCAUUUGGGUAUUUGAAUAGUAUCCCUGUCAUCCAUUGGUCUAGGCAUGGGUUUAGUUCUGGGGAAAAAUCUGGAAUGUUGUUGAACAAUUGUUGUGAGAGUUUCAACCAUGUUCUGAAGGAAGCUAGGGAGAAACCCAUACUGUCUUUGAUGGAGUGGAUUAGGAGGUAUAUGAUGAAGCGGUGUUGUGCAAAGAGAGAGGGGUUGAAACAGUUUGUGGGUUUGAUAAUGCCAUCUGUGUUAAAGAUGAUUGAGAGGGGACAAAAAGAGGUGGACACUCAUGGGAAUCCCUUGUUGGCAUGCAUUGGCAUGUAUAGCAAAAGAAGGUUGAACUACGAAGAUUUUGUGCACCCGGCAUACCAUGUUAAGACGUAUGCUGCCACAUAUGCACCACACUUCUCUCCUAUGCCAGGUGAGAAACAGUGGGACAAGUCACCACUGCCACAACCACUCCCUCCACCAUAUAGGGUGAUGCCUGGAAGGCCUUCAAAGAGAAAGAGGAAGAAAGAGGCUGGUGAGGCAAAGGAGAACAAGGUGAAAAGGGCUAGGAAGCAAAACACUUGUGGGAAUUGUGGGCAAUUGGGCCACAACAGGAAGAAGUGUGGGAGACCAGCUGCACAAAGUGUUCCAAAGCAGCCUAAGGGAAGACCAAGAACAAAGACUGCACAGCACACCAACACUGCACAGUCUGCACAGCAAGCAACAACCAACCUCAACCAGUCUGCACCUAGCCAAAACAUCACUGCAUCAUCAUCACAAACAGAAACAAACAGAAGGAAAUCACCUGUCCAAAGGAAAGCUGCAUCCACAUCAGCACAGCCAACUGGUGGGAGAAAAACAGUGGCAUCAAAGGGCAAACAACCAGCCCCUGCAAAGCAUCCAAGUAAGAAGAGGAAGACAACUUCAGUCAACGCUCUCCAAAGCUCACAAUCAUCACAAAAAAGUUGUGUUUCCUUGGCAAAAAACUAG